GGGAGGUGGGGAGAGGCGACGGACGGAGACCGCGACCGCCCGGUUUGUUGUCCACACCGCACACCAUCCCCCCUCCCGAUUCCUCCUCCUCCCCUCCUCGCCGUCGCCGUCCUUUUAUUUAUCUAUCCCUCGGCUCGAUUCCAUCUCCACUAGCCGCUCCUCGUCGCCGCCCGCCGCCCGCCGCGGCCUCGCUCCCACCAUCCCUCCCGGACUCCCCGUCUCCGCGCGCGCCGAUCCCGCGAUCGGGCGAGGCGGCUCACGCCAGUCCCGGCGCCCAGGUUCAACUUGGACACAACGGUGCUGUAUUGUGACAGGCGGUGCCCUUGCUUGGCGACGUUUGUGUUUUGUUGAUCGUCAAAAGGCUUUCCAUACAACUUAGCCCUCUGUUUUUGCUAGCUGUCUAUAUCUGUUUGGAGAGGGCAAUCUAGCAACAAUGUCAUCUCUUCAGUUAUUGCAACUUACGGAGCAUGGACGGAACCUUUUUUCUUCGAGAAGGAGGACGCUUGCAGUUGUUUCUGGCGCACUACUUGCUGGUGGUACUUUAGCAUAUGCGCAGUCAGGUCGACGGCGGAAACAUCGGGAAGAAAAUCAUUCUAAUGAUGGAAAUGUACAUAGCAGGAGUAAAGAGAACAUUAGUCAAAAUGGUGUUGACGGUAAAGUGGUUAAACCAAGGAAAAAGAAAAAUUUAUUGAAAUCCUUACAUUUCCUGGCUGCUAUUUUGCUCAAGAAGAUUGGCCCAAGCGGAACGAAUUACCUUCUUGGCUUGAUGUUAACAGCAGUGUUACGUACAGCCAUUGGUCACAGAUUAGCAAAAGUUCAAGGGUAUUUGUUCAAAUCCGCGUUUCUUCGGCGUGUUCCGACCUUCACACGCCUAAUCAUUGAAAAUCUUCUAUUAUGCUUUCUCCACUCCACGGUAUAUCAGACCUCAAAGUACUUGACAGGAUCCUUAAGCUUGCGCUUCAAGAAAAUUUUGACGGAUCUCAUCCAUGCUGAUUACUUUGAGAAUAUGGUUUACUACAAGAUCUCACAUGUAGAUCAUCGGAUUUCAAACCCAGAGCAAAGGAUUGCUAGUGAUAUUCCUAAGUUCUGCGCAGGGCUAAGUGACCUUGUACAAGAUGAUCUGAUUGCAGUUGCAGAUGGGUUAAUAUACAUCUGGCGCAUCUGCUCUUAUGCAAGUCCGAAAUAUGUUCUCUGGAUUCUGGCAUAUGUACUUGGUGCUGGUGGCACAAUUAGAAAAUUUUCUCCUUCUUUUGGGAAGUUGAAAGCCAUGGAACAACAACUAGAAGGGGAAUAUCGCCAGGUUCAUUCACGACUGAGAACUCAUGCUGAGAGCGUGGCAUUUUAUGGUGGUGAGAACAGAGAAGAAUCACACAUUAUGCAGCGGUUCCAGGCUCUUGUGCGGCACGUUAAUGUUGUUCUUCAUGAGAACUGGUGGUUUGGCAUGAUUCAGGAUUUUCUUCUGAAGUAUCUUGGUGCCACAGUGGGAGUUAUCUUGAUUGUCGAACCUUUCUUUGCGGGAGAUCUUAAGCCUGAUACAUCUACUUUAGGACGGGCAGAGAUGUUGAGCAAUCUUCGAUAUCACACAAGUGUGAUAAUAUCAUUAUUCCAGUCCCUUGGCACCCUUUCUACCAGUUCAAGACGUUUAAAUCUUCUCAGUGGCUACGCAGACCGUAUUCAUGAGUUACUGGAUGUUUCACGUGAGCUGUCUGGGGUUCGCGACAGAUCAAUGAACCGAAAUUCUUCUGCCAAAAAUUAUAUUAGUGAGGCAAACUAUAUAGAAUUUUCAGGUGUUAAGGUGGUGACACCCUCUGGGAAUGUCUUGGUUGAUGAUUUAACUCUCAGGGUGGAGUCGGGUUCUAAUCUUUUGAUCACUGGUCCUAACGGUAGUGGAAAAAGCUCUCUUUUCCGUGUUCUUGGGGGUCUGUGGCCACUUGUAUCUGGCCACAUUGUCAAACCUGGUGUUGGUUCUAAUCUUAACAAGGAAAUCUUUUAUGUCCCCCAGCGACCAUAUACAGCUGUCGGAACACUUCGCGACCAGUUAAUCUAUCCACUUACAGCAGAUCAGGAAACCGAACCACUUAGCUAUGGUGGUAUGGUGGAUCUUCUAAAGAAUGUUGAUUUAGAAUACUUGCUAGAACGUUACCCUCUCGACAAGGAAGUGAACUGGGGUGAUGAGUUGUCUCUUGGUGAGCAACAGAGAUUGGGAAUGGCCAGAUUGUUCUACCAUAAGCCCAAGUUUGCCAUCCUGGAUGAGUGUACUAGUGCUGUGACGACUGAUAUGGAAGAACGUUUCUGCAAUAGGGUCCGAGCAAUGGGCACGUCAUGCAUAACAAUAUCUCACCGGCCAGCAUUAGUUGCUUUUCAUGAUGUCGUUUUGUCCUUGGAUGGUGAAGGAGGGUGGAAAGUUCAAGAUAACAGAAAUGGUUCCUUCCUUCCUACUGAAUCGGAGUUUGAUGCAUUGAAGUCAUCAGAAACUGACCGUAAAUCUGAUGCACUUGCUGUUCAAAGAGCUUUUAGUGCUAAUACAAAGGAAAAUACGUUAUCGGGCCCCAAGGAACAUUCUUAUUCAACACAGGUCAUAGCUACUUCACCCAAUAUGGAAAUAGAAUCCACAGAACAGCCACAUCUGAUCCCACAAUUGCAGUGCUCGCCGAGACCUUUGCCUGUUAGAGUUGCUGCAAUGUCUAAAAUACUGGUUCCUAAAAUCAUUGAUAAGCAAGGAGCGCAAUUGCUUGCAGUUGCAGUACUCGUACUUUCUCGGACUUGGAUAUCUGAUCGUAUAGCUUCACUGAAUGGGACUAGUGUUAAGUAUGUCCUGGAGCAGGACAAGGCUGCCUUCAUUCGACUGAUCGGGACCAGUGUAAUGCAAAGUGCAGCAAAUUCAAUUGUGGCACCAUCACUGAGACACCUUACUUCAAAGAUUGCUCUUGGAUGGCGAAUUCGCAUGACCAACCAUCUACUUGCGUAUUAUUUGAAAAGAAAUGCUUUUUACAAGGUAUUCAACAUGACAGGCAUGGAGAUUGAUGCAGACCAAAGAAUAACACGUGAUGUGGAGAAGUUGACCAAUGAUCUUGCUGGCUUAGUAACUGGAAUGGUGAAACCAUCAGUUGACAUUCUUUGGUUUACAUGGAGAAUGAAACUUUUAUCUGGGAGAAGAGGAGUUGCUAUUUUGUACGCAUACAUGUUGCUAGGGCUUGGUUUUCUAAGAGCCGUUUCCCCUGAUUUCGGUGAUCUUUCAAACCAAGAACAAGAACUUGAAAGUUCUUUCAGGUUCAUGCACUCAAGACUGCGGACACAUGCUGAGUCAAUUGCUUUCUUUGGUGGUGGAUCAAGGGAAAGAGCUAUGGUUGAAGCUAAGUUCGCAACUUUGCUUAACCACUCGAAGAUUCUUUUGAGGAAAAGAUGGCUUUAUGGUAUUUUCGACGAUUUCGUGACAAAGCAGCUGCCUCACAAUGUGACAUGGGGAUUAAGCCUGUUAUAUGCUUUGGAACACAAGGGGGACCGAGCUUUGACUUCAACGCAAGGAGAGUUAGCACAUGCCCUGCGGUUCCUGGCAUCUGUAGUGUCACAAAGUUUCAUAGCUUUUGGUGACAUUCUCGAGUUGCAUAAGAAAUUUCUUGAACUUUCUGGUGGUGUCAAUAGGAUAUUUGAACUCGAGGAGCUUCUAAAGGCAUCUCAAAGCAAUGCUGUCAUGCCCUCAAAUGUUAUCAGUGUGCCAUCUGAAGAAACUAUUUCCUUCCGUAAUGUGGAUAUUGUGACCCCAUCGCAAAAGCUAUUGGCUAGCCAAUUGUCUUGUGAUGUGUCUCAAGGAAAAAGCCUUCUUGUCACUGGUCCAAACGGCAGUGGCAAGAGUUCCAUUUUUAGGGUGCUCCAAAGUUUGUGGCCUGUAGCUUCUGGAAGGCUCACCGUGCCAUCUGAAGGGAUAUUUCACGUUCCUCAGCGCCCAUAUACUUGCCUUGGAACCUUGAGGGAUCAGAUCAUAUAUCCUCUCUCACGUGAGGAGGCAGAGUUGAAGAUGGCCAAAACGGGUGACAGGUCUACGUCGCUGGACGAUCACCUGAGGACAAUUCUGGAGAAUGUUCGCUUGGUCUAUCUUCUCGAAAGAGAAGGUUGGGAUGCUACUCCCAACUGGGAAGACAUUUUGUCCUUGGGAGAACAGCAGAGGCUAGGCAUGGCCCGUCUGUUCUUUCACUCUCCUAAGUUUGGUAUCCUCGACGAGUGCACCAAUGCCACAAGUGUCGACGUCGAGGAGCAUUUGUACAGGCUAGCAACUGACAUGGGUAUAACUGUGGUCACUUCCUCCCAAAGGCCAGCUCUGAUACCCUUCCAUUCGUUGGAACUGAAGCUCAUCGACGGCGAAGGGAAGUGGGAGCUGUGCGCAAUCAACCACUACUCGCUCAUAUAUUACAUGGAGGAAAGAAAGAAGAAGGCAUUUUGGGGUAAGCUGAAGAGGAGGCUACUAUGGGGAGGGGGAGACUUGCUGCUGGGAGAGGAGGACGAGGAGGCCCUGGGGCCCGACGAGGAUCUCGCUGAGGAAGCUGACGAGGCCGAACCAGACCACCGGCGUCACGUCGACGCCGCCCAGCGGCGGGAUCACCCGGCGGGUGGCGGCCAGGAUGGGCUCCGUGGGCGCGAGAGCGGUGGCCCGUGCGCCGCCGGGGCGGUCGCGGCGUGGCACGGCAUGGCGGCGGCGCUGCUGCUCAUGGCCGCCGCUGCCGUUGCCGUCAGGGAUAGGACGUGCCCGUGGAAUCCUCUGGCCGGCUCGCUCCUGGGCGCGCCGUCGCUGCUGCUCCCUUCCGGCCGCCGUGUCUCGAGUCUCUGCUCGAUUGGACAUGAAAUGAAAAAGAAGCAGCUGGACGACGGCCCGGUUCGGGCACCAAAAAAACCCUACCUGCGGCCCAGCAGACCGAGCCGAACUAUUCCUUUCCCCUUCCCCUUCCCCUCCUCCACGGCAGCUUCUCCCCCCUCCUCCUCGCCGGCGGCUCCCUCCACCAGCACCACUGGCCCCGCCGCCGCGAUGCUCCGGCUCCGCUCCUCCGCCCGCCUGCUCCGCAAGCUGUGCGAGGCGUCCCGGCGGCUGGGGCGCGGCGAGGUCCCAAGAGUGCCGCCGCUGCCGACGAUGACGCGGCGGCUCUCCGGCGCAGCCUCCGCCGCGCGCUCGACCUCGCUCCUGCACCCGCUGCCGGGGCUCGACCUCCCGCCCUGCCUCCCCGACCAGCUCCCCCGCCUCCCCACCCGCGUCACCACGCUCCCCAACGGCGUCCGCGUCGCCUCCGAGGACGUCCCGGGUCCCACGGCGUGCGUGGGGGUGUUCGUGGCGUCGGGCUCGAUCCACGAGUCGCCCGAGUCCGCCGGCGUCACGCACCUGCUGGAGAAGCUGGCGUUCAAGGACACGGCGCACCGGAGCCACCGGCAGAUCGUGCAGGAGGUGGAGGCCACGGGGGGCAACAUCGGCGCCUCCGCCUCCAGGGAGCAGAUGGUCUACAGCUACGACACGCUCAAGGCCUACAUUCCGCAGGCCGUCGAGGUGCUCCUCGACUCCGUCCGCAACCCGCUCUUCGUCCAGGACGAAGUCGACAGGCAGCUGGCCCUUACCCGAGAAGAGGUCCACGGGGUGCAGAAGAACCCGGAGAAGUUCCUUCAGGAAGUACUUAACCUUGCUGGAUACGAGGGGGCGCUCGCGAACCCGCUGAUAGCUCCCGAGGAGGCUCUUGAGAUCAUCAAUGCCGAUAUUAUUCGGAAGUUCUAUCAUGAAAACUUCACUGCUGAUCGUGUGGUUCUAGCAGCGUCAGGUGUUGAUCAUCAACAGUUGUUAGAUGUCGCAGAACCUUUGUUGUCUGAUUGGCACAAGGGGUCCCCUAUGGAAACACCAAAGUCUACGUACACAGGUGGUGAUUUCAGAUACAAAGCAGAAUCAGAUAUGACACAUGUCGCGUUGGCUUUUGAAGUGCCAGGCGGCUGGCUUAAAGAGAGAGAGGCUACAAUUAUGACCGUCAUACAGACCUUAAUGGGUGGUGGCGGCUCAUUCUCCUCUGGUGGUCCUGGAAAAGGGAUGCAUUCACGGCUUUACCUGAGAGUUCUAACUAAAUAUCACGGCGUCCAAUCAUUUUCAGCAUUCAGUAAUGUAUAUGAUAACACUGGCCUGUUUGGUAUCUAUUUGACAACGCCACCAGAUUUUGUUUCAAAGGCUGUUGUUAUCGCGGUGCAGGAAUUGAUCGCUAUUGCAACGCCUGGACAAGUGACGGAGGUUGAGCUGACACGUGCGAAAAACUCGACGAUUUCAUCCGUGCUAAUGAAUCUUGAAUCGAGGGUAAUUGUUGCAGAAGAUAUAGGGAGGCAGCUUUUGACUUAUGGUAGCAGGAAGCCCAUCGAUCAUUUUCUUCAGUGCAUGGAGGAACUGACCCUAGAUGACGUUACAGCGUUUGCUAAGAUGAUGUUAUCUUCCCAACCUACAAUGGCUAGCUAUGGAGAUGUCAAUAAAGUUCCGCCGUAUGAAUUUAUUAGCAUGCUGCUCCAACGGUUCCGAUAGCACCCUAACACCAUGAUCCCUGGUGAAGACGAAGACACAGAGCUCUCUUCCAGUUCUCCCUAAUACUUGGCGUUGUGCUCGGAAUUUUUCUUUGUUUUACUCGUGCGUGAACGAGGUUAGUUUUGUAUUGGCGUAGUUCAAACAGCGCAUGCUGAUGAAAUGUCUUGGGUAGACAGGAAAACAAUUUUCUUGAAGCUUGUAUGGAAAUUUUGCCCUGCCAAUCUAUAUGGUCUCGUUGCCAUGUAAAAUUUUCAGUACGUGUGCUGAGUUUCAUGAUGAUAAUAUAUAUCAAUGGUGACUUUUA